AUGGUAGUCCUAGCAGUUAAACUUUAUGGCCAGAGAAAAAUUCCUCUGGCUAUGUGUCCUAUUAAGACACUUCUUCCAGUUCCCCUUAAGUAUUACCAGCCUGGAGAUUUUAUCAUUGCUAGCAUUACCUCCCAAAUCUACAUUUUCUCAAGUCCAAUAUCAUUUCAGAAACCACCUUCUGAGGAAACUGUUGAUGAUCUUUUGAUGUUCACACAAAAUUACCAGCACAUCCUGGCCUUGGUAUUUGCUGUGAAGGAACUCAAUGAGAAUCCCCAACUCUUACCCAAUGUCAGUUUAGGCUUCCAUAUCUUAAAUAGCUAUUUUUCACCAAUAUGGACCUAUCAUGGUUCAAUGGAAUUUCUAUCAACUCAGGACAAAUUCAUCCCUAACUACAAAUGUGAUAUUCGGAAUACGAUUAUGGGAGUUAUUGGGGGAUCUACUUCUGAAGUCUCUCUCCACAUGACAAACAUCUUGAGCACCUACAAGAUUCCACAGAUCUUAUAUGGAUCUUCUCCAAUAAUAAAUGACAAAACCAAAGAAGAUUAUUUUCACCAGAUGUUUCCCAAUGUGAUCCACCACUAUUUGGGCAUUCUUGAGUUGCUACUACAUUUCAGAUGGACCUGGAUUGGUGUGAUUGUGUAUAAUGAUGACAAUGGAGAUGUCUUUAUACAGCAGGUCCUUCCCUUAUAUUCUCAGAAGGGUGUCUGUGUGGACUUCUUAGAAACAAUGCCCAGAAUAAGUUUUUCCAGCAACAUUGCUGAAAGUGGAAUGGAAUGGUUUGCAAGUUCACGGGUUGUCAAAGGAAGCACUGUCAAUACUGUUAUUAUACAAGGGGAAAUAGAAACUGUUAGUGUCUUAAGAAUAGCUUUCCAAUUCUUGCAAUUUUAUGAUGUAACAAUGGAAAGCCGAGUGUUGAUUAUGACUGCACAGAUGGAUUUUACGUCUGCUCGAUUUCAAAGAGAUUGGGACAUACAUUUUUUCCAUGGAGUGCUCUUGUUUGCUGUUCAUACAAAUUACCCUCGGGGAUUCCAGAAAUUUUUGACCAAAAGAACCCCUCUUUUAGAAAAUAAAGAUGGCUUUAUCAGAAUCUUCUGGAAAGAUGCUUUUAAUUGUGAUUUCCCAAAUUCCAUUCCAAAAAAGAGAGAAGUGCAGAUUUGCACUGGAGAAGAAAAACUGGAAAGUCUAUCUCUGACCCUCUUUGACACAAACAUGUCUGGCCACAGCUAUAGCAUCUACAAUGCAGUUUACAUUAUGGCACAUGCUUUGUGUGCAACAACUUCAUCCAUGUCAAAAGAAAGAGCAAAGAGAAAAAACACGAGGCAAGCAAAAGCCUGGCAGCUCCACAAAUUUAUCAGAAGUGCAUCCUUUAUAAACAGCGCUGGAGAAAAUAUUUCCUUUGAUGACGAAGGGCAUAUAAACGCUGGAUUUGAUAUUUUCAACUGGGUCACCUAUGCAAAUAACACAUUUCAAAAAGUCAAAGUUGGAUGGAUAGAGCCCAACUCUUUCUCUUCACUCAACGUUCAUGAAGACUCCAUUGUAUGGCCUAUAAGGUUUAACCAGAAAACACCACGUUCCCUGUGUAAUGACAAUUGUCAGCCUGGUUCUAGUAGGGCCAAAAUAGAAGGAAAGCCAUUUUGCUGCUAUAAGUGUCAUAAAUGUCCAGAAGGGAUGAUGACAAGUCAGAAAGAUAUGGAUGAUUGUUUGGCAUGCCCAGAAGGACAAUAUCCAAAUAACAACCAUGACUCGUGCCUUCCAAAACAUAUAACUUUCCUGUCUUAUGAAGACCCAUUAGGGAUCAGUUUGGCCACUACUGCAAUUGUUUUUGCUUGCAUUGCCACUGUGGUGCUUGGGAUUUUCAUCAAAUACCAGGACACUCCCAUUGUCAAGGCCAACAACCGGAACAUCACCUACCUUCUUCUCGUCUCCCUUGUGCUCUCAUUCCUUUGCAGCUUGUUAUUCAUUGGACAACCUGAAAAGGUGACCUGCCUUUUGCGACAAACUGCUUUUGGGAUUGUCUUCUCAGUAGCUAUUUCUUGUGUAUUGGCCAAAACCAUCAUUGUGAUUUUAGCUUUCAUGGCUUCAAUGCCAGGAUCCAAGAUGAGGCGAUGGCUCGGGAAACCAUUAGAUAAUUACAUUGUUCUUUCUUGUUCCCUCAUUCAAAUCAUUGUUUGCAAUGUAUGGCUUGUAACUUCACCCCCGUAUCCAGAUGCUGAUAUGAACUUAGUGGCAGAUGAAAUCAUCCUGGGAUGUAAUGAAGGCUCUACGCUCAUGUUUUACUGUGUCUUGUUGUACCUGCUUUUCCUUGCCAUUGUUGGUUUCAGUGUGGCUUUCCAAGCACGGCAUUUACCAGACAGUUUUAAUGAGACCAAGUUUAUCUUCUUCAGCCUGUUGUGUUUUUGCAGUGUCUGGUUAUCCUUUAUUCCAACGUAUCUGAGUACCAAGGGGAAAUAUAUGGUGGCAGUGGAGAUCUUUUCCAUUCUGUCUUCCAGUGCAGGGUUAUUGGGUUGCAUCUUUUCCCCCAAAUGCUUUGUUAUUCUACUAAGGCCUGAUCUGAAUACUAAAAAGCAGUUAAUGAGAGGCAAGAAAGAAGAAAUAUAG